AUGGGUGUUCCGAAAUUCUUCCGUUGGCUGAGUGAGCGGUAUCCGGCGAUCUCGAUGUUGAUCGCAGAAAGCCGGAUCCCCGAGUUUGACAGCCUAUACCUGGAUAUGAACGGCAUUAUUCAUAACUGUACACAUAAAGACAGUGAUUCCCCAACGUUUCGCAUGACUGAGGAACAGAUGUUCAUUGCCAUUUUCAACUAUAUCGAGCAUUUGUUUGGCAAGAUCAAGCCGAAGCAGUUGUUCUUUAUGGCAGUGGAUGGAGUCGCACCUCGCGCAAAAAUGAACCAGCAGCGCGCACGCCGAUUCCGGACAGCCCUCGACGCUGAGAAUGCGAAGGAGAAGGCUAUCCAGCAGGGACUCGAGAUGCCCAAGGAAGACGCCUUUGACAGCAACUGCAUUACCCCGGGUACCGAGUUCAUGGCCAAGUUGACGCAACAACUGAAAUACUUCAUCAACAAGAAGAUUUCAGAGGACACCGAUUGGCAGGGCGUAGAAAUCGUUCUGUCGGGCCAUGAGGUUCCCGGAGAAGGAGAGCACAAGAUCAUGGAAUACAUCCGGCGCGCAAAAGCGCAACCUGACUACCACCCAAAUGUCCGCCACUGUCUCUACGGCUUGGACGCCGAUCUCAUCAUGCUGGGUCUCCUCAGCCACGACCCCCACUUCUGUCUUCUCCGAGAGGAGGUGACGUUUGGUCGCCAAGUACAGAAAAAGCCCAAAGAGCUUGAACAUCAGAACUUCUACCUCUUGCACCUGAGUAUGGUUCGGGAGUAUCUGGAAUUGGAGUUCCAAGAAUUGGAACAAGAAGGGGCCCUGGACUUCCAGUUCGAUAUGGAACGUGUGAUUGACGAUUUCAUUCUUAUGGCCUUUUUUGUUGGCAACGAUUUCUUGCCCAACUUGCCCAACCUUCACAUCAACGAGGGCGCCCUUGCGCUCAUGUUCAAAAUUUACAAGGAGACGCUGCCGAAAAUGGGUGGCUACAUCAAUGAACAGGGCGUGAUCAACCUGCAACGCCUGGGGAUGCUCGUGGAUGCCCUAAGCCACGUCGAAUACCGGUUCUUUGAGGCGGAAUAUUCGGAUGCCCAGUGGAUCAAGUCCAAGAAAAAUGGAAACGAUGGCACUCUGGAGCUGCAGCAGAGGCCGAAAGAGCUGACGCUCACUCCUGCCCAGAAGGAAAUCCUCAAGAUGAUCAAGAAGUACGUGUUGAACCGACCUGGGAAGGCAUCUGAACCGAAGCCGUUGGACUUCCCUCCGACGCUUCCUGCUCGCGAUCGCAGCUUCGUGGAGCAACUUGCCGAUGAGCUUCGACUGCCUUGGUCUACUACGGAGAACGAGAAUGGUGAUCGAUUCAUGAGACUCGAACUGCCUCAGACACAGAGCAACGAUGAUGACGACGAUGAUGACGAGGACGAGGAAGCAUCGAUGGCUGUUCAGCGUAUCAUCCGAAAGUAUGAGAAAGCGAAGGUCCAAGAGAUGACUCCCGAGGAGGCCCAGCAGGCUGCGGAGCAAAAGUAUGAAACCAAAUUCCAAGAGUGGAAAGAUAACUACUAUCGAUCCAAAUUUGGAUGGGGCCUUGACAACCAGGAGGAGAUGAGGAAGUUGACCGAGAACUACGUGCAAGGCUUGCAGUGGGUUUUGUUCUAUUACUACCGCGGCAUCGCGUCGUGGCCUUGGUUCUUCAACUACCACUAUGCUCCCAUGAUAUCUGAUGUGAUAAAAGGACUUGGCGCAGACAUGAAUUUCCAGUUGGGUCAGCCUUUCCGGCCUUAUGAUCAAUUGAUGGGUGUUUUGCCGGAUCGCAGCAAAAAGAUCGUCCCUCCCGCGUAUUGGGAUUUAAUGACCUCACCUGAAUCCCCCAUUAUUGAUUUCUAUCCCCGCGAUUUCGACCUUGACAUGAACGGGAAGAAGAUGGAAUGGGAGGCCGUUGUGAAAAUCCCGUUCAUUGACGAAAAGCGGUUGCUGGAUGCGCUCAAAACCAAAAAUCAGCUGCUGAGUCCUGACGAGAAAGCUAGAAAUGACUUUGGAGUCAGCUUGAAGUUCACCUAUUCCCCCGAUGUGCAGUUUGUCUACCCUUCCUCGAUGCCGGGAGUGUUCCCCGACCUUCCAAACUGCCAUUGCGUUGAAAAUGUGUUCGACCUUCCCACGAUGGAUGGUUUGGAGCCUUAUGCAGGGUUGAUGGAGGGUGUGCAUUUGGGUGACGCGGCGUUGGCCGGAUUUCCAAGUGUGAAGUUCCUGCCGCAUGUCGGCCAGUUGGGAUUCCACGGCGUCUGUGUAUUCCAGCAGGAAAGCCGAAACGAAAGCCAGGUCAUCACGCUCCUUGACCCGGGAAGUCGUUCAAAUAUUGAAUUGGCCAAGACCAAACUUGGACAGCGAGUCCAUGUUGGAUACCCGUUCCUGCAGGAAGCACUCGUGAUCCGUGUCUCGGAUGAACUUUUUGACUACAUCCUUCCCCCUGGGGAGCAACAUGUUGUCUCCAUCCCCCAUACUCCUCAACAGAUCGAGCAGUGGAAAAAGAAAGCAACCAAGAUUGAAAGUACUUACAGCAAGCGACUGGGAAUGAUUGUCGGGGAGGUUGAAUCCAUGGUCCACAUCCAGCUGCUCAAGGGCAUGAUCAAGACCGACGAUGGUUCCACUAUCAAGGAAUUUGCCGAUAUGCCUGGGCAGGAGACCGACUAUGCUCUUCAGGUGGUGGUUGAUGAUGUGGUCAACCCGGAUGAGCGUUUUAUUGAGCGGGAAGCCCUGCCCAUCGAGGAGGAGUUCCCGGAGGGCUCGCGUGGUUUCUUCCUGGGCGACUUCAACUAUGGAAGACCGGUACAUAUUACUGGCCACGACGAAGGGAAGGUGAAUGGAUUGAUCGCGGCCGUGAAAGGCCGAGAGCCAGACUUCGCCAAGGACCGCGUCCGGGAGACCGAAAGAUAUUGCCCUUACAUGCCAUCGUAUGCAAUCGCGCGCAGUCUUCGUUUGAAUCCCCUGGUCCUGGCCAAGAUUACGUCUUCGUUCACUGUUGACGUCGAAGGCCAACGCGUGAACUUGGGUCUCAACCUGAAGUUCGAAGCGCGCAAGCAAAAGGUCCUUGGAUACUCUCGUCGUGGCGAUUCUGGCUGGGAGUUCAGCCAGAAAGCCAUGGAUCUUAUUCAACAGUACAUGAUUAACUUCCCCGAGUUCAUCGCGGGCAUCCAACGCAACCCCCAGGGAGACCGCUAUCGCCCAACUGACUUUUACCCGGAAGAGGUCGCUCAGUUGAAGGUGAAGGAAAUUCGGGAUUGGCUCAAGUCUAUCGAGGCUAAGAACUUCGAGAGAGUGCCCCUUGACGCUGAGCAACUUGAUUCCGAUGUUGUUAAAAUGAUCGAGCAAGAUGCCGAUCGCCUCAACUUGGCUCAGCCGCAGAUGCAACCGAAGAAGGUGCGCGGCGUCCCGCGGAGUGCUCUGCUUCGCCCGGCCGAUGUUGAACACCGUCUUGGCAAUCAAACCUUCAAACUCGGAGAUCGGGUGGUCUACGCCCAAGACUCGGGCAAGGUACCAAUCGCCACUCGUGGGACUGUGGUUGGUCUCACACGUACCUCGCGGACAGUCCUACUCGAUGUGGUGUUCGAUGUGUCGUUCAUGAGUGGCACCACACUGGGUGACCGCUGCUCGCCGUUCCGCGGACAGACCGUCCUUGUGUCAUCCGUUCUGAACCUCUCUCACCGCCAGCUGCUUGCAAGCUCUCGGGCCGCAACCAGCCAGCAAACCCAGCAGUGCCCGACGCCGCUGACCGUUGCCGGGUAUGGUGCCCCUCUGGGACCCAACGGACAGGGUCAGCUGAAAAACGCCCCAGCCCCUCCGCCCCUGCGCGGCCCCUUCCGAGGCGCCAUUGCUGGACAAAACAACGGGCCUUCUCGUGGCGGUCGGGGUGGAUUGAGCAACGGCCAAUCGACUACUCUGCCCUUCAGAACCCAAGCCAACGGCGGUCCUCCGCGAGGUCCUCGUGGUCGUGAUGGCACCAAUGGCACCCGAGGCGGCCGAGGACAACCCUACACCCGAGGUGGCUAUGUGGCAGUUGAGAAUGGCGAUCCGGCUGAGGGCGUUGUUCAGCACAACCCGAACUUCCGAGCGCAGAACUAUUCUCAAGUUCCGCCUCCGCAAGGACUUGACCAACGGCGCGGUCGUGGCCGGGGCCGUGGAAACGGAAAUGGAUACCGUGGCAGGGGUCGCGGACGCGGCGUACCUGUGAAUGGUCAGUGA